CCCAUGCCCUUCCCAGUCACAAUUCCACUCCUCCUUCGCUGCAAGGUAUCGAUAAUGGCGGAUGUUGGAGACAAAAGACAAGCGCAUCGACGAGGACACGGCACGACAGGACACCAACACCCACAUAAACCAGCAGCGCCCAUCGCACGAACCCGAGGCAAAACCAUUCGUCCCCAGGCAAUGACGACACCGUCGAUGACGCCCCCCCCAAUCAAGAAUCCCAAUUGCUUCAUCUUAGAUUAUAUAAAACCACGUCCCUUCGCAAUAUUCUAUUUCAACAUCCAGCUGGUAAUACAAAAUUCUUGGUGCGAUCGCCUCGCGCCCCUUGCUUGUGUCGGGAUCAGGAGUCUGGACACAUGCUCAAGGUCGGAUUUUCACGCGUCCCUGUCUCGACCGCUCCGACCCAUCGCCUUCUUUUCAACCUUCGCAGGAUCAAUCUCGCGACACCCGUCGGGAAUCGCUCGAAGCUCAUCAGAUCGGUGAUGGGUUCUCACGGCACCGCCUCUUCUCAGUCCCCGAAGCUCUUGUUACGCCAACUCUUCGAGAAAGAAUCGUCCACCUACACUUAUCUUCUCGCGGAUGUGUCCCAUCCCGAUAAACCUGCUGUCUUGAUUGACCCGGUAGACAAAACUGUAGAUAGGGAUCUUUCUGUUGUCGAGGAACUGGGGCUGAAGCUUACAUAUGCCAUGAACACGCAUGUACAUGCUGAUCAUGUAACGGGAUCUGGUCUCAUUAAGAGUAAGGUUCCGGAGGUGAAAUCUGUCAUCUCAAAAGCCAGCGGUGCAAAAGCCGAUGUUUUGAUCGAACAUGGCGAUAAAAUUUACUUUGGAGAUCUCUUUCUGGAGACUCGUGCUACUCCUGGUCAUACAUCCGGCUGUGUCACCUAUGUGACGGGAGAUGGACCUGAUCAGCCUCAGCCAAAGAUGGCGUUCACUGGGGAUGCUUUACUAAUCCGUGGAUGUGGAAGGACAGACUUCCAGAGUGGAAAUUCAGAACAGCUGUACAAGUCAGUGCAUUCCCAGAUCUUUUCGCUGCCAAAGGAUACAUAUAUCUAUCCAGCUCAUGACUACAAGGGAUUCACGGUGAGUACUGUUGGAGAGGAGAUGCUUUACAAUCUUCGCCUGACGAAAGAUGAGGAUACUUUCAAGGGAAUCAUGGCAAAUCUUAAUCUGGCAUAUCCCAAGAUGAUUGACGUAGCAGUACCGGCAAAUUUGGUGUGCGGCUACCAAGAUUUGAUCCCAAAAAGUUGCUGAACCUUUCCGAAGCUGGAUUGCUUGGUUGACAGGAAGCAUCUUAAAUGUACAUUUUCUCGAUGUGCCAGAUGAGUUGUGUAAUAAAAAAGAUGCAUUCUGUUUGGCAAACAAAAGAUGAGUUGUGUAAUAAAAAAGAUGCAUUCUGUUUGGUAAACAAAAGUAGCACGCGUGUACAGGAAUGAAGUCGUUGAAACGCAUGUGGACAUGAAUAAGAUCGAGCUGAAACUCCCGGAACUUGCGA